AUGGAUAACCCAUUAAUUAUUAAGUGCAUAGAGCUUGUCAAUAAAUACGAAGAUAACUAUCUAUGGAAAUAUUUUGCAGAAAAUCCGAAAUUUUUCGACUCAAACAACAAUGGAAGAAUAUCAGAGAAAUUAAUUUCGAAUUUAUCUCAAAACAAAUAUAACUCGGCCAAAAAUUUUAAAGAUGACUUGAUACAUUACUUCAAUUCUCUCGAACAGACACAACAAAUGACAGAUUUAGAACAAAAUUCUUUAAAAUAUUUAAGAAAACAGAUCAAUUCCGACAUCUCUUCAAUUGAACCACUAUCUGUACAACAGUGGUUAGAGUUAUGGCCAAAUUUAUACAAUAACCUCAUAGAUAAAAUAUCAAAAUCUGAAAUUUUAAGCAAUCGACCCCAAUUACCUACAAUAAAUAACUCUAAUAUGCCUGUUGCAAUAGAUAAAUCUAAACUUUUCUCUCUAAAGAAACUAAUCAUCGCUGGAUUGGAUGAUAACGAAAAACAAAUUGUUUUCAAUUUAAUCAAAGCAUUAGAAUUUCCAAGUGAACAAGAUUCUGCAUCUAUUUCAAUCGACUUACUCAACAUAUCUAGUGAAACAUAUUUUGCACUCAUAUCCUAUCUUAAAAGAGUUAAAAGCAAGAAGAAUUCUGAUAUCUUGGGCUCAAAAAGAUAA